UCUAAACGUUUUGGUUUUGGUUUGCUUCCAGGUUCUCUUUGGAAAUCAGCUCUGUUUCUCUCUUGCAGCAUCCACGAGAGCCUCAGUUACCUGGAGGGCAAAGUCACGGUCUUUCACUCCUGUUACCUCUCUGUGUGUGCGAGCACCCGAGCUGCAGAGAGGCCCUCGGUGCUUCUGGGCCACUUCAUCCUGCCCCCUGCCUGCCUGCACGAAGUUUUGUUGUUCUUCUCAGAAAUCAAAAGGAAAAUUGGCCGGUUUAUUUGGGAGAAGGCAGAUGCCCUUGAAGAACAGCCCAAGGAAAAUCCUACAGAGGAACCAGAAGCAGCAAGAAAUAGCUGUGAGGAAGAAUCAGAGGAGGAAGUGCUAGACCUGGCUGAGAGCACAGAAGAAACAGAGUCUGAAGCACCCACCCAGGGAGAAUUUCCAUGCCGUGCCCUCCAGGAAUACCCAAUAAAUAACAUGGUGACAGGCUAUGCCUCUGCACGGGACAUGAAGAAAUACGAGGGGGAACUCCACGACUUCGUCCCCGGCACCUCGGGCUAUGCAGUGUACUGGGUUCAAAGCAAAUGCAGCAUUUACUGUGAGAAGGCCAAAAUGAAGAGGAAAUGGUAAGGAACAGGUGGCUGGAGCAGCAAAAUUUCAAUGGAAGAGCUGCCAGAUGAUUUAUAAAUUAUCCCACUGCAGCUCAGAGCAUUCAAUGUGUUAUUUGAGUACUGGCAACAGUUAUAGCAGUAUUUGCUUCUUUAAGUAACUACUUCAACUAAAUUUCACAACAAACAUAAAUACAUUUUUCCUCAAAACACAAAUAUUUUUAUUUUUAUUGUGGGGCUGUGGGGUGUGUGGUGGUUUAAGAUGUGUUUUAACUAGUUUAAGCAAGUUUUUCUUGGAGGGACAAUCCAAGGAGGGACAUCUCCUCACUUUCAUUUAAUCAAAAAAUUUUAAGACUUUUUCCCUUUUGUUUAAGCACUUGGAAGUGACCAAUAGGGUUGCAAAACCAACUUUUAUUGUGGUACAGCCUGAUCCUUGGGCUGUCCACUUGAAGGAAACACAGGAAAACCUAGGACAGGCUCCCACAAGCUCCAAGGAACCACCAUGGUUGUUCUCCCACUGCCCCAAAGCCAGGAGAGCCUCUAAAAUCAAACAGCUUUGCACCUCACACCCCAAACUGCCA